CUCUCAAUGUAGGACCUUCUUGCGGCAGACAGACAGGGGAAUGGGUCUCUCUGCUCAGUCUGAGAUUGCCUUUGUCCGUUGUUGACCCUCUUGUCGGGAGUUCGGUCCUGGCCAUGAUCACCGCGACGCAGCCUAGACCGACUGGCUCGACUGCCUCAGCUUGCUCUUAUUGCUGUUAUGCACCCUGCCUGUGAAGUUACUCCGAUGCUCGCUCACAUGCUGACUGCAGCGGUAAUCACCGGAAAAGAUGCGGCUCUCUCGGUUGUCACUGGCAUUUCUAUUGCUGGCUCAGCAUGCUUGACUCCGACGGGGAUGGCAAACCCCAGCCGCGCAUUGUCCAGGCUACAUGGCGAGCCACGUCCCGUUUGAUCCAAUUGCUGUCACUGCGGGUCCUUAUUCAUUCAGAAGACAAUGGGAUGUACCUCUCCACUCUGAAUAGAUCUACUCAGAUCCUAUUGUCUUCGACCUGUUCAUUGAGCGACUCUGGCUCAAUACCUUCUAGAAAAUUUCUUGAUUUUUUGCUUCGAAAGGUUUUGACCCAUCAGAGAUUUACACCUCUUUCUUCUCCCUUUACUCUCCCACUUCCUGCUUUCUCAAUCUCUGCAUCUUUCCACCUUGUCAUUUACUCUUUAUUCGCAUCUCAAGCAAUACUUCAUCAACCUGCUUCGAUUCCUGGUCUGCUGGACAGCAAGCAAUCACACUACAAUCACCAUCGUCAAGAUGCCGGGCUUCACAGGACCACAGCGUCUUCCUAUGUUUCAUCCAAUCCCUGCAAUGGUCUCUUCAUGCACAACAUCUUAUCCUCCAAACCACUUUCUCGGAGUUGCACAGGAGCUUCGUGAUCAUAUCUUGAAUCUUGUGGAUGUUGAGAUUGGCCACCGUCCUCGAGAGCCUCUCGGAGCGCAUCCAGUCACUGGCUACGAGGCGUUGCCGCUUGUCUGUAAACAACUCUUUUACGAAACUCAAACCAUCAGCGACUGGACACCAUCGACGCGAAUUGUACAUCACAAUCAACUGGGACACUUCUUGGAAUGGACUGCCUACAACACUCCAGCUCUUCCUCGACUUCGUAGCCUUACGAUAGAGUUGCCCCACAAUAGCCCACCGGACUUCUUGCAGCGCUUAGCGAGGCUCCUACGCUGUGACCUCACAGGCCUCGAAGAACUCAAAAUCUUUGGUGUUGGACCAGACGACCUCGGCACACAUACCAGCUCGGUGAAACACAACUGUGGAAAGCACAAUACCUCCUUAUCUGUGAGCGAUGACCCGAAACUCACGAUCGAAGGUCAAGGAUGGCAGCGCCGCAUCGUUGUCCUCAACAGUCUUCAGUGGCUUUCCAAGCUUAAAGUUCUCGUCCUCGAUAAUUUCAACAUCCCAGUUACGGCAGCACAAGUUCUCAAAAACAAACCACGUCUCCAACAUCUACGGGUGGGUGCGGAUCCACGAUCGAUUCUCCAUGGCGAAUACCGAACAAGCAUCGGAGUCCUCGCAUUCCCCCUGAAGGAGCCUGCCCCUGCUCUAAAGGAAUUGGACCUCACUGCCAACGGCACAAUCACCGCGUUCGGCAUCGUGGACAAAGUGGCCGACACACUGGAGAAGUUCACCUAUACCGUUCCAGACAGCUACUUCCAGACGACAGGCCUAAGAGGAGUGAACUUCCUACACGAGGCAAGCCUGAUCCUCCAGAAAUUGGCAUCCAAAGCCCUCCACCUCCGAGAGCUUAGAAUCUGCGUCCACGGCGGCAUCCAUGAGCUCGCUCACUUCGGCUCCUUCAUUGGCGCUUUCAAGUUGUACCUACCUCAAAUGGGCUGUCUCAAACUCCUCGAAAUGCACAUCCAUUCCGAGUCUGAAUGGAUCGGUCAGGAAUUCAUCGAUGCAGUCCCGGCUUCUGUCGAACGACUCUAUAUUUCGGAUCAACUCUUCAGAAAGGGCCACCACCCGUACACAAAGCUCCUUAACUGGCAUUGCUGUAACCUCAUUCAAGAACAACCAAACAAACCUCUCACUCUCCAUGGUGACUUGGGCCGUAUGGACUUCAUCCCGUUCAACAACGACUUGGGCUUCGUCGGGUACGAAUUCGGCAGCAAUCUAUCCCCUCCUCAACGAAACGAGCUCUACAAGUUCCUGAAGCUCAAUGGCAGACUCCUGGAUCGCGAGCGCAACAAACAUCUGGCCGAACACCAAGGCAAGCACAUUCCAGUCCCACAGGAUACCGCGUCAGGAUACAAGACGAGCGAUGCUAGAGCAAUCCUCCAUCACGAUGAUGAGGUGGAGCAAGGCGCUGACGAUAACAAUGACAUCAAUGUCGAUAUCGAUAUGAUUUGCGAGGAGUUGAAAGCUUGUGGUCUCGUUGACGACGCGUAUUUCGGCAUGGAAGAUGCUGCGCACGAGGUCUUCUACAAGGAGCGUGUUGCCAAGGUCUGUGAGCGAGCUUACCACUCGUACCCAGAAGUUGUUGGCGUCAAACAUGAGGGCACUCGAUCUGAGCACUGGCUGAGCAGCUAAGGCAGAUAUGGUGGCAUGAUCCUAUCGUUUCUUUGGGGGAUCUAGAGAGACGAUUGCAGGGGGAGAGAAGACCAUCAUUGAGA